AUGUUCCGGUUUGUAUCACUUCCUGUCCUCCUGUGUGUGGUCACAGUGUCCCGCUCAGAAACGAAAACCUGUGAGGGUGCCGAGAAGACCUGCUCAGUGAUUGCCUGUGGCGUCCCCGUCACCAACGGCACCCCAGGCCGAGAUGGGCGAGACGGACCCAAGGGAGAAAAGGGAGAACCAGGGCAAGGGCUCAGAGGCUUACAGGGCCCUCCGGGGAAAAUGGGGCCUCCAGGAAAUAUAGGGACUCCUGGACUGCAAGGAGUAAAGGGCCAAAAAGGAGAUCGUGGAGACAGUUCAGUUGCUGAGACGAAGCUGGCUAGCUUAGAGAGGGAGAUAAGGAGCCUGAAGUCUGAACUGGACCACACCAAAAAACUGCAAGCCUUCUCCUUGGGCAAAAAAUCCGGAAAGAAGCUCUAUGUGACCAAUGGUGAAAAGAUGCCAUUUUCCAAAGUGAAGGCUCUAUGCGCUGAGCUCCGGGCCACCGUGGCCACGCCCAAGAAUGCGGAGGAGAACAAAGCCAUCCAGGACAUGUCCAAUGGAGAUGCCUUCCUGGGCAUCACAGAUGAAGUGACUGAAGGCCAGUUUGUGUAUGUGACAGGAGGGAGGCUGACCUACAGCAACUGGAAGAAGGAUGAGCCUAAUGACUUUGGCUCAGGGGAGGACUGUGUGCGCCUUCAGAAGGACGGGCUCUGGAAUGACAUGCCCUGCUCUUCCCCCUCCCUGGCCGUGUGUGAAUUCCCAGCCUGA